AUGCGUGAAGUCAAUUUCAGUAUUCCUAAUGUGAACAAGGCCUCGGUCAACAUCACCACGACGCUCUAUGACCGGCGGGCCCUUGAUUGCACAUCCACCCUUCCACUCAUCAACUCGCUGAAUCAUCUCGCCUACUUGACAACUUCAUCAGCCCGGAUCCGAGACAUUCUCACCGUCGAUGGCGGUAUUGAACGACUCGUUUGUAUUCUGAAGGAAGGCCGGAGCAAGGAUCUGAUGGAGAUGUGGAAGUGGAGUCUGGCCUUCCAGUGCGUGGUCAACAUUGGUGUACGGGGAUCAGAAAGCGUACGGACAAGGGUCGUGGAAGCUGAUAUGGUCCCGGUGAUCGCCACAAUCCUGGACAACUAUAUCAAAGUGGUGGACAAGGUUCGGUCGCGCGCCGAGCCCGACUCCCACAAGCACAACUCGAGUCGACAGGCCGCCAAGUCGAGUCCUUCCAGUCGAGAUACCUCUGAGCGCAUUUCAUCUCUAGAUUCGAACAAUCACACCGACGCCCGACCUCAUUCGCGUCGCCAGGCUCCGCCUCCGAAUAUCGAAAUCCCCCAGCCAUUCUACCAAGACACUCACCCGACCGACUCCGAUGCGAUGGAUAUCACAUCCCCCCCUCGUGCGCCGAUGACUUCUCCCCCCGAAAGAAGCACUUUCCGCCAGGAAAUCCACAAUCAUCGCGUUCACGACGUGCGUUUAUCUCGCGCCAGCCACCGCCUCCGGGCCAUGCAACCUCUUGCCACAGCUGUGCCCUCGAUUGACACAAGCGAAACUUUUGGCCUGCGACCUGUUCGGGAUGCCGAUCGUUUGCUGAGCAUGCCGCCUGGACUGCAAACUGGCCUUAUUUCACAACCUGACUCCCCGACCACCCCCAGUGGAAACAUCCACUCCCAAUCUCGAACGCUUGCUCAGCCCGGGCCUGCACACCAGCGCCCAAGCAUUCAACAGCAGCCAUCGGCGUCAGGCGAGUCAGAUGAUGCAAUUGGCGAAGAUUCCGCAAUGGGUGAUGAUGUUGUCUUGGGCCAAAAUUCGGAUCCUAGGGUGGCAUUACCCAAUACAAUGGAGAUCGACAGCGUCGAUGAACAGCAGACCACUAUGAUUGACGAUGUUUCCCCUGCACAUGGCCUGACGGUCACCGAUCCAUCUGAAGAGGGCCAGGAUGCCGAGACUUUCAAUAUUGCCCACCGCUCUGCUGUCGACGGCAGCAUUAUCAACAAUGCAGCGGCACCACCAAAUGGCGGACUCGGUCUUUCUCCUACUCAGGCCACGGAAAACCAGAACUCCCCCACACUCGCUCCUAGCCCAUAUGCUAUGUAUCUCCGGGAUCGAAAUGCGCCUGCCACCCAGAGCGUUCUUACGACAAUGCCUCGGGAUGAGGAUGUUCUCAUGUCGCUGCAGCUCCUGGCAUACGUAUCUAAGUACUGCAAUCUGCGGACGUACUUCCAACGCUCUCACCUUGUCCCGAAACUCAAGAUCGAUCGAGAACUUCACCUCUUGGAUGAAAAUGCCGACCCGGCUUCUCCCGUUGAAUGUGAAGAGGAGGAUGAGUACCUUCUUCCCGAUGAUGUCAACAUCUUCCCCUUGGUUGAAAAAUUCACAGUUCGCCAUCAUUCCAAAGACAUGCAGUACUGGGCCUGCGUGGUGAUGAGAAAUCUUUGCCGCAAGGACGAAUCGAGAGGCGGCAUCCGUCAAUGCGCCAACUACAAAUGUGGCAAGUGGGAAGAAUUCCAACGUCAAUUCGCCAAGUGCCGUCGCUGCCGUCGCACGAAGUACUGCAGCAAAGACUGCCAAAAGGCAGCUUGGGUCUACCAUCGCCACUGGUGUCACACUACUCCCUGA